AGCCAAUAAGAACUCAGAGCAUGGCUGGAAAUGAGAAGAGACACCGCUCAAGCCUCCUGCAGGUCAUUCACCAUGGAAACAGGCAUCACGGAAGCAACACAAGCAUAUCAUCUGAAGUGGAAGCUAAGAGGUACAUCUUGGACAGGGGUAAAAAUGAAGGCACCUGUGCUCAAGGCUGUGAAAGAUGAAACUGCAGAGGAGAGUGUGGAGGAGGAAGAAAAACAGGAGCACGAGGUGUUUCCCAAACCUGUUAUUGAAGAUCUAAGCAUGGAACUGGCCAGAAAGUGCACUGAACUCAUCAGUGAUAUCCAUUAUAAAGAAGACUAUAAAAAGUCUAAGGACAAAUGUACAUUUGUGACUGAUACUCCUAUGUUGAACCAUGUAAAAAAUAUUGGUUCUUUUAUUUCUGAGGCAAAAUACAAAGGCACUAUUAAAGCUGAUCUUUCCAACUGUCUGUAUAAGCACAUGCCGGCCACCAUUGACAGUGUCUUUGCAAGAGAGGUGUCCCAGCUUCAGAGUGAGGUUGCCUACAAACAGAAGCACGAUGCUGAGAAAGGCUUCUCCGAUUACGCCCACAUGAAGGAACCACCGGAGGUCAGACAUGCCAUGGAGGUCAACAGACACCAGAGCAAUAUUUCUUACAGAAAAGAUGCGCAGGACACUCACAUGUAUACAGCGGAGCUUGACAGACCGGAUAUCAAGAAGGCAACUCAGAUCUCCAAGAUCAUAAGCAAUGCAGAAUACAAGAAAGGGCAAGGCACAGUGAAUAAAGAGCCUUCUGUAAUUGGAAGACCAGAUUUUGAACACGCUGUGGAAGCUUCUAAACUUUCUAGUCAGGUUAAAUAUAAAGAAAAAUUUGAUAAUGAAAUGAAGGGGAAAAGCCACCAUUACAACCCUCUGGAAAGUGCCUCUUUUAGGCAGCACCAGCUCGCUACUGUCCUGGCAAGUGAUUGGGAAUAUAAAAAGAAUUUUGAAGAAAACAAAGGAUUGUAUCACUUUGACGCAGAGGCCUCUGAACACCUGCACCAUAAAGGCAAUGCUACCCUCCAGAGUCAGGUAAAAUACAAAGAAGAAUAUGAGAAAAAUAAGGGGAAGUCCAUGCUUGAGUUUGUUGAGACACCGUCAUAUCAGUCUUCAAAGGAGGCUCAGAAGAUGCAGAGUGAGAAAGUUUACAAAGAAGAUUUUGAGAAGGAGAUUAGAGGAAGGUCCUCACUGGAUCUGGACAAGACGCCUGCAUUUCUACACGUGAAGUACAUUACCAACCUGAUGAGGGAGAAAGAAUAUAAAAAAGAUUUGGAAAAUGAAAUAAAAGGGAAAGGAAUGGAACUUAGUUCAGAAGUUCUUGAUAUUCAGAGAGCAAAACGAGCAUCUGAAAUGACCAGCGAGAAAGAAUACAAGAAGGACCUGGAGCUGGAAAUUAAAGGGAAAGGAAUGCAAAUUGACACCGAUACCCUUGAAAUACAACGUGCAAAAAAAGCUGCCAAGAUCGCCAGUGAGAAAGACUAUAAACGAGAUCUGGAGACGGAAAUUAAAGGGAAAGGAAUGCAGGUCAGCACAGACACCCUGGAUGUUCAGAGAGCUAAAAGGGCAUCCGAGAUGGCCAGCCAGAAGCAAUAUAAGAAAGACUUGGAGAAUGAAAUUAAGGGAAGAGGAAUGCAAGUGAAUAUGGAUAUCCCAGACAUGCUUCGAGCCAAGAGAGCAUCUGAGAUCUACAGCCAGAGGAAGUAUAAAGAUGAAGCUGAGAAAAUGCUUUCCAGCUACUCUACGGUGGCGGAUACUCCCGAAAUCCAGAGAAUCAAGAUGACUCAACAGAACAUUAGCAACGUGUCCUACAAGGAAGACGUGGGAGCCGGCACCGCCGUCAGGAACACUCCGGAGAUGGAACGAGUGAAGAAAACCCAGCACAAUAUUAGUUCCUUCCAGUACAAAGAACAAAACUACAAGGCCACUCCAGUAACCAUGACCCCAGAGAUGGAGAGAGUGAGGAGGAACCAGGAGCAGCUGAGUGCGGUUUAUUAUAAAGGUCAACUGGGAAGGGCUACGGCCUUAAGUGUAACUCCUGAAAUGGAACGAGUAAAGAAGAAUCAAGAAAAUAUUAGCUCGGUGAAAUACACUCAGGACCACAAACAAAUGAGAGGUAGACCAUGUCUGAUCUUAGAUACCCCUGCUUUGAGACAUGUUAAAGAAGCACAAAAUCAUGUUUCCAUGGUAAAAUAUCAUGAAGAUUUUGAGAAAACAAAGGGAAGGGGCUUCACUCCUGUUGUGGAUGACCCUGUGAUGGAGCGGGUGAGGAAGAACACCCAGGUCGUGAGUGAUGCUGCCUACAAGGGUGUCCAGCCUCAUGUUGUGGAGAUGGAUCGAAGACCGGGGAUCAUUGUUGACCUCAAAGUGUGGCGCACAGAUCCUGGCUCCAUCUUCGACAUUGACCCCCUGGAGGACAAUAUUCAGUCUAGAAGUCUCCAUAUGCUCUCUGAAAAGGCGAGUCAGUACCGGAGACGCCUGUCUCGCUCUCAUUCCGGCAGCACUCUUGGUACAGGUCUGGGAGAUGACAAGUCAGAGAUCUCAGAACUCUACCCUAGCUUUUCAUGCUGCAGUGAGGUAACAAGACCAUCUGAUGAAGGAGCACCUGUUCUUCCUGGAGCUUACCAGCAGAGCCAUUCCCAAGGCUAUGGGUACAUGCACCAGACCAGCGUGUCAUCCAUGAGGUCAAUGCAGCAUUCACCAAAUCUAAGGACCUACCGAGCCAUGUACGAUUACAGUGCCCAGGAUGAGGAUGAAGUCUCCUUCCGAGAUGGCGACUACAUUGUCAACGUGCAGCCCAUUGAUGACGGCUGGAUGUAUGGCACCGUGCAGAGAACCGGGAGAACGGGCAUGCUCCCAGCAAAUUACAUUGAGUUUGUGAAUUAGUUCUUUCUCCUUGCCCUUUGAGCUUUAUUCUGAUGUAUUCAAAUCCUAAUCUUUUUAAAAGAUAGAAGAUACUUUUCAGAUAACUUGGCAAUUAUUUUACAAUAAUGUAUCCUUACUUUGACAAUUAGACACACAGGUACCAGGAAGAAAGGAAUGACUUUAGGGCUGGAAUCGGCAGUAUCCACAAUAAUUCCUGUAAGCAAAAUCAUUAGGUCUGGAGACCUGGUGCUGCUAAUUGUGUUUGUGGUUUCAUUUGAUUGGCUAGUCAACUCUUCUGGGAAAUGUAUUUUUGUAGACUUUAAUAGAGAUGUUGAUUGUCCCGUAAAUGUAACAAACGUAUGAAAACUUCUUAGAUGUCACUUGGAAUCAUCCAAAGCCAAUUCUCAUAGUCCAGCAACACAGUCAUUAAUUUAAAAUCUGUUCAGCUUUUGCAUCAUUGGAUAGUUUUCAAUUCAAGUGAGAAUCACCUGAUAUAAUAAAUGGAAACAGUGGCAGAAUGGGUUGACUGUAACCUUAGGGAGCUUGCAGGACACUUCCUCUUCCCCUGGGCUGACCAGGAGCUAGUGAUUUCUCAUGUAUUCCAUGGUGUAGACUAUCUAUAUCUGUGUUCUGAGCAUCUGCUCAGGUCCCCAGAAUGUCAGGACCAAGUAACUUCACAGCUACUCUGCAUAGGGCAAAGUUCAAUGUCGUUUGUUUUAUUUUUCCAGAAGCCUCUAUCCUGUUGCAUGUCUCCCUGGGCUUAAGCUUCUGUGACAUGGCAGCUGCUUGCCCAUCCUUGUUAUUAAAGUCAGCAGUGUGGCCAAUCUCUCCCUAUCUUUUCUUCUAGUUGCCUGCUCAUCAGAAAACAUUUUUGAAAAGUUGCUUGAGACUUUCUUUCUGUAUUACACUCUAGUUUUGAAAGACUCAUGCCUUAGGAAAUGCACAUAUACUCUGGUAAAUAAGAGAUUUAUGUAUUUACUAGAUAGGAUUUAUUCACUUAAUGCUACCAUUGAUAAAAGUGAUGUGCAUUGACCAGCAGCCUCUGGAAAGGGAAAUGACUAUAAAGUACUCUGGGGGAAAACCAAGGCAUAAAACAGUUGGCAGAUGUUUGCUCCACAAGUAGAUGAUUCAGUCUUAGAAUUUAGCAACCAGUCUUCAGAUUCUAAGGUGGAAAUCUAGCCACUAAGUAUGAUCAUAAAAAGGCUUCAUUUUGAUUUUUGCUUUUUAAAUCACCUUCAGGAUUAGAUAAGAAAGUCGUCAGUGAUUUGGG